CUCUCUCUCUGCUUUUACACACGCUUUCCGUCCCAGUAGGAAUUCAGGCGAAGGGUUGGACACACGGAGCGGCAGCAGCAGCCUGUAGAGUGAGGUUUCGAGAAGAAGUGCGAGUUUGGAGAAGAGCUGUUUUCGCCUAUUUUCUUCUGAAAACGGCAACUGAAAGGUUUUAAAGUUUGGACUAGGCUUGAGCCAAGGAGGCGAAGAUGGCAAUGCAGAUGGGUGAGCGUGAAGGUGUGGUGAAGGUUACAGAAUGGCAGAAGACAUAUUAUGCAGGCGAUUCAGGAAUCCAAUCAGGAGCCACCACUGUGCGCUCAGAUGAUGAUGGCACAGAAUACAGCUCCAAGAAAUACACCUUCACCACCACAGUUACAGAGAACCCUGCAGAUCUGGAGUCUCAGUACACAAUGACCCGGGCCCAGCGUGUGAGGGCAGCCAUGUUUCCUGAGACGAUGGAAGGAGGGACCACUAUUUUGUCCACACAGUUGGACUCCUCCCAGCAGACCAACGUGCAGAAGUUGGCUGAGCCCUCACAGAUGCUCAAGACAGCCAUCAUUCACCUCAUCAACUAUCAGGAUGAUGCUGAGCUGGCAACCCGUGCCGUGCCUGAGCUCACUAAGCUGCUGAAUGAUGAUGACCAGGUUGUGGUGAACAAGGCAGCACAGAUUGUAAACCAGCUGACGAAGAAGGAGGCGUCCCGGCGGGCUCUGAUGCAGUCGCCGCAGAUGGUGGCCGCAGUGGUGAGGGCCAUGCAGAACACAGGAGACAUGGAGACAGCCAGAGCCACAGCCAGCAUCCUGCACAACCUCUCACACCAGCGCGAGGGUCUGCUGUCCAUCUUCAAGUCGGGCGGUAUCCCUGCCCUGGUGCGCAUGCUCAGCUCUCCCAUGGAGUCGGUUCUGUUCUAUGCCAUCACCACUCUACACAACCUGCUUCUGCACCAGGAGGGUGCCAAGAUGGCCGUGCGUCUGGCUGAUGGCCUGCAGAGGAUGGUCCCACUGCUGAAGAAGAGCAAUCCCAAGUUCCUCGCUAUUACUACAGACUGCCUUCAGCUUCUCUCAUACGGCAACCAGGAGAGCAAGUUGAUAAUCCUGGCUAACGGGGGUCCAGAGGGUCUGGUGCAGAUCAUGAGAAACUACAACUACGAGAAGCUGCUGUGGACGACCAGCCGCGUACUCAAAGUUCUCUCUGUGUGUCCUAGCAACAAGCCGGCUAUAGUGGAAGCUGGUGGAAUGCAGGCUCUAGGGAAACAUGUAACAGGCUCUAGCCAGCGCCUGUCACAGAACUGCCUGUGGACUCUGAGGAACCUCUCUGAUGCUGCUACCAAACAGGAUGGACUGGACGGGCUGCUGCAGGUGCUGAUUGGCCUGCUGUCCACAGAUGAUGUGAACAUGCUCGCCUGUGUUACGGGAAUCCUGUCUAAUCUCACAUGCAACAAUGCUCGUAACAAGACUCACGUGACUCAGAACAACGGAGUGGAGGCACUGAUCCACGCCCUGCUCCGGGCUGGAGAGAAGGAGGACGUGGCUGAACCGGCUACCUGUGCCCUGCGCCACCUCACCAGCCGCCACCCAGAAGCAGAGUUGGCUCAAAACGCCGUCCGCACACAUUACGGCAUCCCUGCUAUCGUCAAACUGCUCAACAAACCAUACUACUGGCCUGUUGUCAAGGCUGUGGUUGGCUUGAUUCGUAACCUGGCAUUGUGUCCAGCCAAUCAGGCACCUCUCAGAGAUGCAGACGCUAUUCCCAAGCUUGUCAAUCUGCUAAUAAAUGCCCACCAGGAUGCCCAGAAGCACGGCUCAGCCAGCCAGCAAACAUAUCAGGAUGGAGUGAGAAUGGAGGAGAUUGUGGAGGGCUGCACAGGGGCGCUUCACAUCAUGGCCAGGGAUCCCAUGAGUAGAGGAGUCAUCGCUGACAUGAACACCAUCCCACUGUUUGUGCAGCUGCUCUACUCCCCAGUGGAUAACAUAAAGAGAGUGGCUGCUGGUGUGCUAUGUGAGCUGGCUCUGGAUAAACAGUCAGCAGUGGUCAUCGAUAAUGAGGGAGCCUGUGCUCCACUCAUGGAGCUGCUGCACUCAAGCAACGAGGGCAUUGCUACUUAUGCGGCAGCUGUGCUUUUCCGUAUUUCUGAAGACAAAAACGCAGACUACAAGAAGCGCGUGUCUGUGGAGCUCACGCACUCUCUCUUCAAACAUGAUCCUGCAGCAUGGGACAUGGCUCACAGCAAUGCGAUGAUGGAUCCUGGAUAUGCACCAGAAGAUCUUGAUCCUCGCUUUGCCAUGCCUGCCUAUGGAUAUGACCCCAUGCAACAGGACCUCGACAUGGCAGAUGAUUACCCACAAGGUUUUGACUCAAUGCAGAGACCAUAUGAUGCCUGCUAACAACAGAAUACUAUUGCUUCAAGCUUAACAACAAGGAAGAGUGUUUUGGAGUGACUGCUUCAGCGUUGCCCUGUAGAGCCUUUCCUCAGCUUAGAUGGCUGUGGCUCACACAUUCCUCAGCUGGAUUGGGUCUGCACACACACUCACACACUGCUGUACUAUAUGCAACUAUCACUGGGCUGCGAGGGACAGAAUCUGAUAUUACUUAACACUGCCUUCUCAUGAAAACAAUGGUGUACACCGUCUUACUUUUAUUUUGUGUGUAGAAAACGUUGUAUUUUAGGGCUCUUAUUUUGGUGGGUGUACGAACACAUUUGGUGGCAAGAGGACUGGUAAACUGCCAAAGAGAUUUUACUAUUGAGUUAUUGUGUUGAUAAUCAUGCUUUUUAUUAUUCUUUAUGCUAUUAAGAUUUGACUGUGGAAAAUGCUGCCAGCACUGAGACUGAAUAAACUGACCCCAGUUCAGAUCUAGAUCUUUUUUUUUUUUUUUUCCUUUUCUCUAAAUGAGGCUUCAAUUUACAUAAUGAUUGUUGGAUUUAAAAGCAGGCAAGACUCUUAAACUGGCCUAUUUUUUCUUUCUUUUUUUUGUUAUAUGAUACUUACCUGAGCAAGUUUGUGGCUGGCUGAGUGAUGGGGAGAAAUGUUAUAAUAUUAUGAUAAUGAUGUAGUCAAAGAUCUUGUGAUGGAAACACAAGCUUUUAAUGGCUUAUAAAAAUAAUAAUUGUUUUAUGUUCAGACAUAUCUGCAAAGGAUGGGUGUUGCUGCAGAUUUUGAUGCUAAACAGUUUUUAUUUGUUUAUUUAAAAACAAAUUGUAAUUAAAUAAUUCUGCUAUUUUUUAUUAUUGGUUAAAUCAGUCUUCAAACAGCUAAUGUCAUGUUCUAUGUGGCUGGAAUGAAAUCCUGCAGCCACACUGACCCCUUUUCCAGAUCAGAUUGGGCGUCCCUGGUUUAUAUACUGUGCUGAAGUGGAUUUCAAUAUAAGGUUUUAACUAAAACUGGCUGAUUUGAUGCCAUUUUAAUGUAUGGCAUUGACUAUAUAUGCAUUUUUCCUUGAACAAAAAUAACGAACAAAUUAAAUAUGUGUAAAUGAGUGACUUUCACUUUUUUGCUGCAAUAUUUUAUCAAAAAAAAAAAAUACUGUCUUCAGUUAUUCUUCAUCAUAUCAUUCUCAGCCCCCUGCAGCAGAACUGCAGGUCAGGGCAGCACCUCAGCGUGCGGGGUGUGUGUGCGUGUGCGUGUGUAUACACUGGCCUUUUGCUAGCUAAUGCUUUCUCUCUGGCACAAUACUUUUACUAUUUUUCAACAGUCAGUCCAGAUGUACAGACACUAAUGAGGAUAGAUUAACAUCCAAGUCCACUAGUCGACAGAUUUAAAAGAGCUGCUUUUUUGCUCUUUACCAUGUAAUAAAUACAUCCAAUGGUAAGUAAGGGAUAAACACUAACAUAGUGAAGAGAAUGUGGAGUUGUGUCACAGAAAGUGAUGAUUAACUUGUAGAGGGAUUGUUGAAUACAUGACAAGGGAUUGUCUUUAUAUAGUGUUUCUACUUCAUACUUUGUAGAAAAAAAUAAAAAAUGGUUACUAAUUGA